UUACAACAUAUACUUCUCUCCUGUUGCUUUUCUUUUCUUUGCCGAGUAUCAGAAAAUGGACGGAAAGAUAAGUUGGACGGUGGCGGACGCUGUGGACUACAAGGGUUUCCCGGCCGACAGGUCGAAAACCGGAGGUUGGGUUCCGGCUGCACUUGUUCUUGGGAUUGAGAUCUGUGAGAGGCUUUCAACGAUGGGGAUUGCAGUUAACCUUGUGACAUACUUGGUUGGGGUGAUGCAUUUGCCGAGCUCAACAUCAGCCAAUGUUGUGACAGAUUUCAUGGGGACAUCGUUCCUCUUGUGUCUGCUCGGAGGCUUUCUCGCCGAUUCGUUCCUCGGCCGAUACAAGACGAUCGCCGUGUUUUCCAUCAUACAAACACUGGGGACUGGGGCAUUAGCAAUAGCUACAAAGCUGCCACAACUACGCCCUCCACCAUGCCAUGCAUCAGCAUCAUCCCAUACAUGCAAACCAGCAAAUGGAUUUCAGAUGGGGAUUUUAUACGUGGCCUUAUAUGUGAUUGCACUAGGCACUGGUGGCCUGAAAUCAAGUGUCUCCGGAUUUGGAACUGAUCAAUUUGAUGAGAAAGAUGAGAAGGAGAAAGCCCAAAUGACCUAUUUUUUUAACAGGUUCUUCUUCUUCAUCAGUACAGGAACCCUGACGGCGGUCACGGUCCUCGUCUACUUACAAGACGAAGUCGGUCGAAGCUGGAGUUACGGAAUCUGCUCCGUUUCCAUGCUUGUAGCCAUCUUGAUAUUCUUAUCAGGGACUAAAAGAUACAGGUACAAGAAAAGUUUGGGAAGUCCAAUAGUUCAGAUUUUCCAAGUCCUUGUGGCUGCAAUCAAUAAAAGAAAGAUGGAACUCCCUUACAAUGUUGAGUUAUUAUAUGAAAACACACCAGAGGCUCAAAGAAUUCAUCACACUGAUCAAUUCAACUUCUUAGACAAGGCAGCCAUUGUUGACGAAGGCGAUUUCGAAAGAAACAUCGUUUCAGCUCCGAAUCCAUGGAAACUUUGCUCGGUCACUAGGGUGGAGGAAGUGAAAAUGAUGGUGGGACUCAUGCCGGUAUGGGCCACAACCAUCAUAUUUUGGACUACUUAUGCACAGAUGAUCACUUUCUCAGUUGAGCAAGCCUCCACCAUGGAAAGAUCAAUAGGAGGUUUCCUAAUCCCCGCCGGUUCCCUCACCGUCUUCUUCGUCUCAGCGAUAUUGAUCACCCUCGCCGUAUACGAUCGUCUCAUCAUGCCAGCCUGGAAGAAAUGGAAAGGAAAACCAGGGUUCACCAACCUACAGAGAAUCGCCAUAGGCCUAGUCCUAUCAACAUUUGGCAUGGCAGCCGCCGCACUAGCCGAGAAGAAACGACUAGAGGUGGCGAAAACCGCCGGCGCCACCGCCAAGACGCCGACAACAACGCUGCCUAUAAGCGUUUUCUUCCUGAUCCCACAGUUCUUCCUAGUGGGAGCCGGUGAGGCGUUCAUAUACACAGGCCAACUCGAUUUCUUCAUCACUCAAUCACCCAAAGGAAUGAAAACAAUGAGCACCGGUCUCUUCUUAACAACCCUAUCGCUUGGUUUCUUCGUGAGCAGCUUCUUGGUAUCGGUGGUGAAAAGAGUCACCGGAGGAAGCAACGGCGGCCAAGAGUGGCUGGCUGAUAACAUAAACCAUGGAAGACUUGAUCUUUUCUAUGGACUUUUAGCAGUCCUGGGGAUCAUUAAUUUUGUACUGUAUCUUGUUUGUGCUAUGUGGUAUAAACCGAGGAACCAGAAACCUGGUUUACAGAUGGAGGCCAUUGUUAAUGGUUCAUCUGCUGAAAAUAAGUGCUAGGGCUUUCUUCAUAAACACAACGUCGUCUUUUUGGAUUAAGAACUGCUUUCCCCUUGUUGUUUUCUUUACUAUCAAUAGAGAAUCAUGGUUUCAGUUCAUGUAUGAUUGAUUUAGCCAGCAGUCAAAAAUAGGCUUAAGGCUAAAUGAAGAAGAAUGAUUUCAUG